AUGCUCAUCAAAGAAUUUCGUAUCAUUCUACCCUUGACUGUUGAUGAAUAUCAUGUUGGCCAGUUGUGGGCAGUUGCAGAGGCGUCGAAAAAUGAAACUGGCGGCGGUGAAGGCAUAGAAGUCUUAGUCAAUGAACCAUUUAACAGUGAAGUCAACCCGCCAGAAUCACCUUUAAUUGCAAAUGGCAAAGAAUACUUCACUGGACAGUAUACACAUAAACGCUUUUACCUAGCGAGAAAAGUUCCUGGUUAUGUACGUCUUCUUGCACCGAAAGGAUCGCUAGAAGUUGAUGAAAAAGCAUGGAAUGCAUUCCCUUAUUGUCGUACAGUUUUACAGAAUCCUAAAUAUAUGCAAGAAAGUUUUACUCUAAUGAUUGAGUCUAUGCAUGUACAGGAUAAAGUUGAUGUGGAAAAUAUUCAUAAUCUCCCACCCAAGCUUUUAGCUCAACGUGAAGUGAUAUAUAUUGAUAUAGCAAAUGAUGAAUUAUACACUGCAUCCGAUUAUGAUCCAUCCUGUGAUCCUAGAAUAUAUCAAUCAGUGAAAACUGGUCGAGGUCCCCUGGUUGGUCCUAAAUGGUGGGAAAAUACAGAUCUACCAAUCAUGUGUGCUUACAAAUUGGUAACAUGUGAAUUUAAAUGGUGGGGUAUACAAGGCCGAGUGGAAACUCUAAUCCAGAGUCAAGAAAGACGAAUCUUUCUUAAUUUCAAUCGUCAAGUUUUCUGUUGGCUUGACAAAUGGUACGGGCUUUCUAUGGAUGAUAUUCGAGAUGUUGAGGAGAAAACUAAGAAAGAAUUGGAUCAGCAAAGACUUGUCGGUGGAAUACGCGGCACUGUAGCGCAUGACUAA